AGGCAACACCAAUUCAUCAUGAUGUGUUCAGACGCUGUGGGUUUCAGCCGAAGCUGUCCGAAACACUGGCGGGCGUGAGGCAGCCAAUCGCCCAGCCCCUGCCGGUCGUACCUGCCUUAUUCCUCCAUCUUGCUCGUCCUCGUCCUCCACUACGUCACGGGCCCUGCCCCGCCCCAUCGCCACGCUUUUCUUUUCUUUCCUUCACUUCACUUCACUUCUUUUUCCUCCUCCUCCUCUUCCUCCUCCUUCAUCAACCAUCCCUCUUGAUCUUCCCUUUUCAUCAUCUUCCAUCAACCUCAUCAAUUCCAUUGCCUUCCUCGUCACUUCCCCAUACAUUCCACCCGCCCAUGACUUACUACGAAGGCCGCCAGUACCCCCGGCCGCCCGGGGGCUACAACCCAGACUACUACUACGCGCCUGCUCCCCACUCUAGUGGUCGUCACCCCAUGGAUGUCGUCCGUCAUCGCGAUGGCAGCGUCGACUCAUACGAUGCCCCUCCCGGCGAGUAUGGCUACGAAUACGGCUACGGCUACCCCCCUCAGGCCAGACCGUCCCGCGUCUCCACCGUCUCGGAGGGCGUGCGCAGAUCCCACUCUAUGGGCUAUCGCGAUUCCAACUAUGAUGACUCGGGUCAUCACCGUCGUUCCCACCGCCAUUCCCGGCGACAUGAUGACCGACAUGAUCGUCACAGAUAUUCCCGCUCGCCAUCGGAUAGUCGCUCUCCUCCCCGGCGCCGUCGCAAGUCCAUCUCGGAGCAGGCUCUGGGGGCCCUAGGUCUAGGCUCGGUCGCCUCGUCAGGCUCCAAGCAUCGCGAACGUGAUCGCGGUCGCUCGCAUGGCCGGGAUCGCCGGUCUUACUCCUACUCCCCCUCGCCCAGUCGGGACAGAAGUCGUCACCGUCGGGAUAAAAGCGAGCAGCGGAUCGCCCAAGCCGUUCGAGCGGCCCUAGCCGCGGGUGCAGUGGAGGCUUUCCGGGUCCGCAAGGAGCCUGGCGAGUGGACCGGUGAAAAAGGCAAGCGUAUCCUCACAGCGGCGAUCACGGCUGGCGGUACCGACGGGCUUGUGGAUCGGAAUCCGGACAAGCAUUCUAAGCGCCAUAUCCUCGAGUCCACCCUGGCUGGUCUGGCUGCGAACCACUUUAUCAACGGAUCCAGGUCCCGGUCGAGGUCCCGGGGGCGGGGUCGCUCCCAAAGCCAGAGCGGGCUAAAGAAUCUGGUCGCCACGGGCGCCCUGGCCGCUGCGGGUAAGGAGGCCUACGAUCGGUUCCGGUCCAAGUCGCGCCCUCGGAGUCGCAGUCGGGGCCGAUCCAGCUCUCAGGAUAGCUACGAUGACCGCCGCCCCCGGAAACGAAGCAAGAGCGUGUCCGAUUACAUUAACCAAGGAAUGGAAGCUCUAGGCCUAGGAAACAAGGAUAGCCGUGACAGGAGAGGCCAUGGCGGCCGCCCGUCUCGUCGUGAUGAUUAUUCGGACGACGAGCCCUCCAGCGAGUACGAGUCGCGCCGCCAUCGCAGCCCACGGCGCCCCAGGCAUUCUAGAGAUGUGAGUCGACCUUUAUCCACUGCCACCACCUCGACACGACCUUCCACGCGCACCACAUCCAAAGGAAUCGGCGAAGCUGGUCAUGGUCGUGUCAACCCACAUGGAGAUCGUCACUCCGAGGAUUCUGAUUCUGACCUGGGAAGUAGUACCGAUGAGGAGAAGCAACAAAAGAAACUUACCCGGAAAACACUGGCAAAAACGGGCCUGGCCGCGGUGGCCACCAUCCACGCCGCACAUAGUCUGCAUGAGAGCAUGGAAAAACACAAAAAACGAGCGGAACUGGUUCGAGAGGGUGAGAUGUCACCGGAGGAAGCCCGCCGCCAUCGUCUCAAGGGUCAGCUGGGGGAUGUAGCCAGCGUGGGCCUCGCGGCUCUGGGAAUCAAAGGUGCAAUUGGGGAAUGGAAGCAUGCCGAGGAAGCUCGCCGCGAGCGACUUGAAUUUGCGAAAGGCUGCAAUGAACGACGAGAGCGACGACACCGCCGUGCCCAGAGUCAGGGACCGGUGUCUCAUCCGCCGCGGACGGUGUAUCCGGACGAGAUCGAGGAGCACCAUCCUUCCGAGUAUGGGUCCACAUCGGAUUCCCGGUCUCGGUCCAUGGGUAGGUCGAGGACCCCCGUUACACCAUAUGCAUGAAUUUUCGAUAGGGGAAUUGCUCAUCCGGACAUGUGCCAUGAUAAUGACUUAUGAUGAUGAUGUUUCUUGCACCUCUAUUGAUUGAUCUAUAAUUACAUGUUGUACAGUACAUUGCUUGCGUUUUUGCUUGCCUUUUUGAUGAAUUUGUUAUCUUCGUCGAUUCGCGAACCUACGGACUGUCCAGUAGAGAUUGUUGCCAUCCCGGCUUCUACAAAGGGCUACGAUAAUGUCAAUAAGCAUGAU